AUUUGUGGUGUAAUUGUAGCAUGGCCCCUUUUUUUUUCAAUUCCUUUUUUAAUUUUUUGUAGUUUCUUAACACCUCCAAAAAUUCCAACCAGUUGUAUAUUUUCCGAUCCGCCGUAGCGGCGAGAGAUAAUUUGUGAGUGGCCACCAAGUCACUGACGCUACCGCCGAGCAGGUGAAGUUUUUCGGAAUGGGAAGUGAGGACGAAAUCUCGAUCGAAGCGGCGGCGGCUGCCCGUCGAGAGCGGCUGAGGGCCCUCAGAUCUGCCCAAGAACUUCUGGAGACCCCCGACGAUGAUAAGGACAACAGUUCCAGCCAAGACCAGGAAGAAAACUAUGAGAAUGUCCAAAUGAAAUUUCGGAAUUAUCUUCCUCAAGACAAGCACCUUCAAGAGGGUAAACUUGCUCCUCCCGUUUUACCAAAGUUCAAUGACCCUGUAGCUAGCAUACCUGCACCUGAAGAGAAGGAGAAAAGUGAGGACCCUUUCAUGAAUAUCGCCCCGAAAAAACCUAAUUGGGACCUGAGGAGGGAUGUUCAGAAGAAGCUUGAUAAGCUCGAGAAACGCACACUCAAGGCUCUACAUCAACUAGGGGAGGAGGAAGAGAAAAGAAGAUUGGCAGAAGAAUAAAGCGAAAUCAGAAAUGGUACUUUUAGUGUUGUAGCCCCCCCCCCUCCACCCCUAUUUCUUUUCAUUAGGGAUUUUGAACACGCUACUUACAAAUAUCAGAUGUACCCGUUUGCCACAACUUUGUGCAUUGUUAGUAGUAUCAUAUAAGUCAAUGAGUGAUGAUAUUAAAAGGUAAGUUCACAU